AUAUUUUUUAUAUAAUAGAAUUAUUGCAUAACAUUGUGAAAUAUUUUUUAUUAAGAAUUUUUCAGCAGAAAUACAUUUUUUAAAGCAUUUUUAUAAGUAAUUUCAUCAAACAUCUGGCAGCAUUUGGUAAAAGUUAAAAGAAAAAGUGGGAUAAUUCAUCGCGGUUUUUAAUAAAAGCGUUCAUUCUCUAAUCAGAAGUUGAAUUAAAAAGACGUGAAUAAAAAGCGCUAAAAAGCUAAGAAGAAAAAAACAAAUAAUUUGCAAAGAAAAAACUUAAAAUUUAAAGAAAAGUUAAAAAAUGGCCCGUACUAAGCAGACUGCUCGUAAAUCCACUGGUGGUAAAGCCCCCCGUAAACAAUUGGCUACCAAAGCUGCACGUAAAUCAGCACCCUCUACCGGUGGUGUCAAGAAGCCCCAUCGUUACCGUCCCGGUACCGUUGCUCUUCGUGAAAUCCGUCGUUACCAGAAAUCCACAGAAUUGCUUAUUCGCAAAUUGCCUUUCCAACGUUUAGUGCGUGAAAUUGCCCAGGAUUUCAAGACCGAUUUACGUUUCCAAUCUGCUGCCAUCGGUGCUUUGCAAGAAGCUUCUGAAGCCUACUUGGUGGGAUUGUUCGAAGACACCAACUUGUGCGCUAUUCACGCCAAGCGUGUCACCAUUAUGCCUAAAGACAUUCAGUUGGCCCGUCGUAUUCGCGGUGAACGUGCUUAAGCGCUGAUUGUUUUUGCAUAUUUACACAUAAAUAUAAUUAUACAACAAUUUAUAUUAUAUUAUCUUUUUAAAAAAACAACAACAACAAAACUACACAAUUCUUACAUAUUCUCUCGUUCUCUAAUUAUUUAAAUUUCAAAACUGAAAUAUUAAAAUUAUAAAAGAAAAAUUUUUAACAACAACCACAAAAAAAAUAAUACAUAUAAAUUUUAUUAAUAAACAAAAAUAUUAUAAAUAAUAUAAAUACAAAAUACAUAAAUAUGUAAUCAUAAACAAUAGUAAUUAUAUAUA